AUGUGUGAACACCAGGCACGCAAGGGAUAUUGUACAGCCGCCGGUAUUCGUCGCUUGUCCAAGAUUCCCACGUAUGCUCGCUCCCUUCUCACGGCUCAUCAUGCACUACUCGACAGCCUUGAGCCAAGAACACGCAUAGCAUUGCCGCCGCGCACGAAAUGGGGGCACGAGCAUUGGCGGCCCGCACAGGCUUCGAUGCAGGUUCCGAUGUGA